CUUUGCACAGUGGCGCGCGUGCACGUGUUGGGGCGUGAACGCGCCACAGUCUGGACCGCCGUCUAGUCAGACAGUCUGCGACUCGUGAAGCAAAAAGGAGGGGCGAAUAUUGGGGAUGCCACAGGAAUGAUCCAUUAACCCCGCACAACCCACAUCCGCAUUUAUGGAUUAGUUUCUCCUGAAGUCAAAGCCAUCUUAUUUAUUGUUUUCGUCAUCACUGAAGUUACUUAAAUAUCCCCACUUUGCACGCGGAGCACAUGACGAAGGAUCAGAGAUGUUCUGAAUGAAAGGAGGAUCUGGCAGCCUUUCGAUAACAAUGCUGGAGAACUUGAGCGGAGCCCACAUUGAUCGACCCGCCCCUAGAUCAUCCACGUUCAGCUUCUCUGCCCUGUUUGCUCUGCCACACCACCUUCACAUGGAUGGAAGCAGUCAUCCAUUCAGGAGGACUCUGUACCGCUUGAAGUUGGUAAGUUCUCCAAAUCUGAGUCAGCUGGGCAAAAAUGAAAAGGCUUCACUGGAGGAGAGAGGAUCAGGCCCCAAUGCCACAUGGAACAGCAUUCACAACGCAGUUAUUGCUGUAUUCCAAAAGAAAGGACUGGCGGACAACGAACUCUAUACACUCAAUGAAGGUGUGAGGCAGCUAUUGAAAACGGAGUUGGGCUCAUUCUUUACAGAAUACCUCCAGAAUCAGCUUUUAACUAAAGGCAUGGUCAUUUUACGGGACAAAAUACGCUUUUAUGAAGGUCAGAAGUUACUGGACUCUUUGGCUGAGACGUGGGACUUCUUCUUUUGUGAUGUUCUCACCAUGCUUCAAGCCAUCUUCCACCCCGUCCAGGGGAAGGAGCCAUCGGUGCGUCAGCUGGCCCUGCUGCACUUCCGAAACACCAUCACCCUUAACGUGAAGCUGGAGGAGGCUCUGUCCAGACCGCGAGCACGCGUCCCUCCCUCCAUCGUCCAGAUGCUUUUGGUGUUACAGGGGGUUCAUGAAUCUAAAGGCGUAAGUGAAGAAUACCUGAAGCUGGAGUCUCUCAUUCAGAAGGUGGUGUCACCGUACCUGGGCACGCAGGGACUGUGUUCACAUGAGUGUGGCGCCUCUCAGUGCUCCUGUGUUAUCGAGAGGCAUUUGCAGUAUUGCUGGUCCAAGUCUGCAGACCUGCCCUCCAGUAAUCCAGUAGUGCGCUCCAAGAGUUACAACAUCCCCAUGCUGACCCCUGUGGCCGAGUACGACUCUGAAGUGAGCUCUGUGGGCAGCGUCGGCAUCCGGCGUCACUCUGCGUGUGACGUCACUUCCUGCAUAGAGUCCCAGGGCUAUUCGGCCCUGUCUGUGGGAAUAGAGACCAGCUCGACGCCUAGACUCUCACUUGAUCAUGAUCUCACCCUCUCCGGUGUGAUGCGAGGGGCCACAGGACAGCCAGCUCUGAUUUCUCCACCCGUCUUCAUCCACACCUCCGCAGGGUGUCUGCAUGCAGGGGAUGCCCCGAUGGCUUUAUCCGAAGUGGACAAGGCCCCCUCAUCGCCCCCGAGCUGCUCCUCCAGUCCGGAGACCAUUGUAAUGCAGGGGCUGGACUCACUGGAAUCGGAUCCUGACGGUAUCUUCAUUGACUUUUCCCACUGCCGCUCCGACUCUUUCGGAACGAGCAGGAAAACUAGCUGAUGGAAUCAAUUGCUGUGAAGAAUCCAUUUCAGAUUAUUUUCUGUGAACUUGUGAAGUAGCUAUGUAUGUUGUGAUUUUUUUUUUAAAACUGGAAUUUCAUUCCUGCUUUGCGCAAAAGCCAAGGCUGCUUUGUGUGCAAAAUGGGAGAAGACUCAAUUUAAAGUGAUUGUUUUUAUAAUGUUCUAAACCUGUGGAUGAAUUUUUGAAUUUUUCUAGUUUUUCUUAGACAAUAGACGUGGAAUGUCUCCAUUUUAAUUAAUACACAUUUUACUGUCUCUAGUUAAUAGAAGCUUAUUUCCGCGAUGGAAUAAGAAAAAUUAAAAAGGGUGAUUUGAGGCUUUUUAUCUCACAAUUUAGAGUUAUUUCUAAUAAUUAAGACUUUUGUCUUAGAACUGCUGGAUUUGCAAGAAAAUUGCGAGAAAAAAGUCAGACAAUUAUGUUUCUUUGUUUUUGUAUGAAAAACUUAUUGUGAGAUAUCAAGUCAGAAUUAAGAAAAAAAGUCAGACUUCAAAAGAAGUUUAAAACUCAAAAUCAUUUUCGAGAUGUAAACUCGAAACGGAGUUUCUAAUUUAAAAAUUGUGAGAUAUAAAUUCGCAAUUGUGAGAAAAAAGUCAGCUAUUUAAAAAAAAAUAUAUAUAUAUUCCAUGGCAGAAAUAAACUUCCACACUCAUUUUGCUUAAAGUGGUUGUCACAUUUACUGUGGUUUGUCGAAUUUUCGCAGGCGAAAUCCAGUUAUUUCAAUAGGAAUUCAUAAAGUUGGGAAUUUCACGUGAGGGAGAAAGAAUUCGCAAUGGGUACAUGUUUUCACAUGGAUUUGCCACUUCAACCAUCAGAAAGCUGAUAGGUUUAUUAGUUCUUCUGUGUGAGGUGUGCUUCAUACAUUAAUACCCAAUCAACAAUAGACAACUGGCUUUUUUAUUUGCGAAAUAUUGACUGCACCUUAAAUGAGCUUCACGUAUCGUAAUGUGUUAUGAGAUGACAGUAUGCAUAAAUGUAGAAAUCAUUCUUGUCGCUCUUGACCACAUGCACUAUUUAUUGUCAUAGGGCUUUAAAUGUACUACAUUUAGUGCUUUUUAAUUAUUGUCAAGCUAAUCUGCACUCUUAAUGGUAUGAAAAUAAAUGAAUUAGUCUCUUAAUCUGUGAGAAUAAUGAUAGUGUCGCUAAUGAUAAUACAGUGCAGAACAUUGUACGUCUUUCUCAAUCUUGUUUUUUUUAUGUGACAAUAAUAAGCUGCCUGGAAGUUAAAGGGAUAGUUCACCUAAAAAUUAAUUGUUAUUAUUACCUGCUUACCCACAAGGCCUUCAAGAUUUAUGUGACUUAGUUUCUUCAGUAGCACACAAACUGAGAUUUUUUUUACUCAAACUGUUGCAGUCUAUCACUCUUAUAAUGUAAGUAGAUGGGAAUCACAGCUAAAACAUAAUAAAAAAAAAUACACAAUCAAAUUAAACCCUGCGGCUUGUGAUGAUACAUUGAUGUGUAAAGACACAAAACGCGCUCAGUAGAGUUUUAACAGUUUGGAUAUUUGCUUGAAACAGAGGUAAAAAAAACUGUUUAUAUUGUGUUCAGUUUCUUGCACAGACUGAUCGUUUUGUGUCUUUACACAUCAAUGUAUCAGCCAUAUUUUUUUUUUUUAAGCUGUGAAUCCCAUCCACUUACAUUAUAAGACUGAUAGACUGCAACGGUUUGUGUUAAAAAUCUCAGUUUGUGUUCUACUGAAGAAACAAACUCAACUACAUCUUGGAUGCCCUGGGGGUAAACAGAUAAACAACACAUUUUCAUUUUUGGGUGAACUAUCCCUUAAAUCAGGGUUUGCUAAUUGAAUGUGUUAACAAAAACUCCCUUUUAGUUAGUUGAUAAAAUAGAAUAAAUACAAAAAGAUGGCAUUAGAUGAAACUGGACUGCUAAAUUUUACUUUUUGACUAAAAAAGGGUACAUAAUCAGAAGGUAUUCUUUAAUUUAAUUAAAGAUUAUUAUCUGAUUUCUUUAGAAUUUAGGAUUUAAUUUAAUUGUUAAAUACGCUCAAGUAUAAUUGGAUAAAUGCUUAUUCCAGUUUAUGAAAUUGUAAUGAUGCAUAAAAGCCCCAUUGUACAAAAAAAAUUAUAAGGUACUAUAAAAUAGUUUUUUGUGGUUUUUGUUUCUGUUUUCUAUGUAUGUAAACUUUUUGUUUAGGUUAUAAGAUCAUGAAUUUCUCUGUAAUUGUAUCGAUUUGAGAUUGAGCAUACUAGCAUAGAUUUUUACACAAGCAACAUUUUCUAGAAAUGUAAAAAGUUUACAGAGGUACUUUAACACCUCGCACUGUCAUUUCUGAAAGUCUGUGCUUACUUUCAUAAGGAGUUUGUUAUCAGCUUUCAUGUGUGCUGCUGUGGAAAACCUCAACAAGGCAGAAUUUGUAGUAAAAUACUUUUAUGCUUCACGUU